CGCACGCGUGGAGGCCAGACAUGGCGGAGGCGGGAAAAGUGUCCACGGGCCUCGGGCUUCCUGCAGGAGAAGCGGAGCAGUGGCCUCUGCAGCGCUAUGCCCGCUACAUGCCCUCGAGCACUGGAGAGCCGCCUGGGCCUGGUGUGGCAGCUGGGACAGCCACGGCCUCCACAUGGAAGGUUUUUGACUCCAGUGAAGAAUCUGGGUAUCUUGUUCUCACCAUAGUUAUAUCAGGUCAUUUCUUCAUUUCCCAAGGACAGACACUACUGGAAGGGUUUUCACUCAUUGGGAGCAAGGACUGGUUGAAGAUCGUAAGACGUGUGGACUGUCUGCUGUUUGGAACAACCAUAAAGGACAGGAGUCGCCUAUUUCGAGUCCAGUUCAGUGGCGAGUGCAAGGAGCAGGCACUGCAGCGCUGCUGCUGCUGUGUGCAGAAGCUGGCCCAGUACGUGCCUGUUCAGGCGCCUGACGGCAUCGGCCAGGAGCUGCAGCUGACACAUGGCCCACUCAGGGUAAGUGGCAGCCAAGGGCGACUGUGGUGUCCAGUUGAGCCACCUGGCAACUCAGCCCACCAGCACCCAGAACAGCAAGUGUGUGUAACCGCCAGCACAGGUGCUCCUGGAGAAAGGACCUCGGUGACACGCUUAGCUCAGUCUCUCCUGGCAUCAGAGGAGCUGCCCCUUGUCUUUGAACAGUCUGCAUGGCGCGUGGAGGAGUUGGGCCCCUUUCUACGCUUGUGUCUCAUGGAUCAGAACUUCCCAGCAUUUGUGGAAGAGGUAGAGAAGGAACUUAAAAAGCUGGUGGGGUGACAAAUUAAUGCUCCAUGUACAUAUAUAACCAAGGAAUGUCAAAGCUCCUUAGCUUCCUCCUACAACUAAAGAUGAUGUUAGAAUAAAGAGUAUUAUUCCAAACACCUUUUAUCAAUGUUUUAUUUUUAAAAACAAGUGAAUCCACUUUUUUAUACAUCACUGCACUUCAGUAAUUACACAAAACACAAGUACAUGCAUCUACAGUUAUGCACCGCAUGAGAACCCUGUUAAGUUAUAAAAUCUACCAUCAACCAGUAAAUCAAUGUGAA